AUGUGGACACUUAUGUUGCUGCUACUUGUAGGCAUCGCCAGAGCAGCCAUUCCCAACGCUAGGCUUCGUGGGAUGCCUUCUCUCCACAAACUUCCAGUGCCGGAACGUUAUUUCACUUCGUCGAAUGAUGCAACACUCCCAAAUAUUUCGACCGUCUAUUACUUCGACGAGCUCAUCGACCACAACAAUCCUGGCCUGGGAACAUUCAAGCAGCGAUACUGGAUGGACGUGGAGUUUUAUGAGUCUGAACACCGUUUCUUUGGUUAUUCCAAUCCAUACGACAACCUCACGUCACAAUCUCUAGCUCUCCUCACCGUCCAGCAAGCUAUCGACGAUCUCGUGUAUUUCGCCACCACCGCUGACCUUCCAAUGCCUGGGGGUGAUGCCGUGAAACCAAGUCAGGCACCAUGGAUAUUGGUCGGAGGAAGCUACUCAGGAGCCCUUGCCAGUUAUACGAUGGUCAACAAACCGGGAAUUUUCUGGGCUGGAUAUAUAUCUUCUGGUACUGUGCAAACGAUCACUGACUAUUAUGAUUAUUUCACACCUAUUCGCGAGUACAUGCCACAGAACUGUUCUUCCGAUGUACAGAAAGUGAUCGCCUACCUGGAUGGAAUGUACGCGGCUAACGACAUAGCUGGAAUCAAGACGCUCCAGGAGGCAUUUGGCCUCGGCAGCCUUGAGCACGUUGACGAUUUCGCCAGCGCACUUCAAGACAACUUUUGGGAUUGGCAAGGUCUGUCACCUGAUUCCGGCCCAAACACAAUGUUCUAUCAGUUCUGCGAUGCACUCGAGGUCAAGGACGGUAUCAAUGCCGGACCUGACGGGUGGGGACUUGAUAAUGCUGUCAACUCUUGGGGAAAAUUUUGGAAUACUACAUAUUACGAGUAUAAUUGUUUGGAGACGUAUAAUCCGACUGACAUCUACUGGACUAAUAUUACCGUGGAUAAUGCCUUCAGAUCAUGGUCUUGGAUGGUGUGCAACCAAAUCGGUUUCUACCAGGUUGGGCCUCCUGAAGGCCAACCCGCGAUCGUCAGCAGAAUCCUUCAACCCAUUUACGACGAGCGUCAAUGUGUCUACAUGUUCCCUGAAGUAUUCGCUUAUCCGCCUCAACCUGCCACAGCAGAGACGAACGCAAUGUACGCUGGCUGGAAUGUGGAUGUCCCACGUCUGUUCUUCGCCAACGGCCUGCGCGACCCUUGGCGCGGGGGAACUGUCUCUGCUGAUGGGCUGAAUAAGCCCAACACUACCCGCAUGCCGAUCUAUAUGAGCGAUGGAUUCCAUACCUCGGAUAUGGUGGCGGAUAAUGGUAUUGUAGACCCGACUAUUAGGGUCGUGCAGGAAGCAGCAUUAAGGUACAUGAAGGAGUGGCUUGCUGAGUGGACACCAGGGCAUUCAUGA